AUGGACAAGUUAAGUGGAACACAAGAAUGGCAGCCAUUGCCUUCUCAAGAACAGCUGCCUGAGAACUUUGCUCCUUCUAAGCCAUUGGACCUUGAAAGGUGGAAAGAGGUCUCCAUCAAGCUAGGCUGUUCCCAUUUCUGUGGUGGCAGUUGUGAUGAUGUGGUGGUCACUGCAGCUCAGUGUGUUGUGGAUCUCGAUCUAUUGUGCUAUCCGUUACUUACCUGGAAGGGUUCUUCUCAUAUCAUAUUUUAUAUCGGUGAUUCUGGAGGCCCACUAGCAUGUAGAAAGGCCAGUGGCAUCUGGACCUUGGCAGGCAUCACCUCGUGGGGAAUUGGUUGUGCGAGGUGGCUUACUGGCAAGAGGAUUGAUGAACCUGGGCCAAGCUUUCUGUCUGCACCCAGCCUAGAAGAGUGCAAUUCCCAUGGAAUGCUGGUGUUUGGUGAAAGUGGCCUUGUUUGGUACCCCUGCCUGGCUGAAGACAACUACCUUGACAAUAGAUGGUGCAUCUGGAACCUAACUGUGUCUGAAGACAAGAUCUUUCUUGUGGAACUUAUCAAAGUAGACACAGAAGAUCAGACCGAAUGUGACCGUGACUAUGUUUCUUUCUAUUCAAGCAAGAAGGAAUUAACUGGUAAAAUCUGUGGUAAUGUCUUGUCUUCCCCCUUGCUGAUAGAGUCUGACCAAGCUGUUGUUAUAUUUGUGUCUGACAGCAGCAUUAAUGGCAGAGGCUCUGAAUUUACCUUCAGCGCUGUGCAUCAAGCAUCUGAAGCAGGCUCUGGCUGUGGCAGUGUUGCAAUGCUGGUGGAAGAAGGAAAGAUUGACACGGCUAAUUACCCUGGCUUGUAUCCCAGCAGCACAAAAUGCCACCGGCUCAUUGAAGCCCCAGCGGACCGUGUCAUCAAGAGAGGUUGGGAGGAUUUCCUUUUGAGACUUUGCAGUUGAAAUCAGGAUUGUAUUUACGAUACUGUUGUUGUUUAUGAUGACACUGUAGAAGAGUACCAGCUAGCAGUCCUCUGUGGUUUCUCAAUUCUUCCACCUGUGUGGAGCACUGGGAACAUCAUGCUGAUCCGCUUUGGGAGUGACGAGGAAAAUAACUUCAGAGGAUUCAAGGCCAGGUUUGCUUUUUUCUCUUCCUCAUUUGGUCCCUCUUCUCCACCUCCUGCUGCAUAUAUUUGUGGUUCUCCCCCCUUUGGUCCCCAUAGGCAGCCAACACAUAUCAUUGGGGGAGAAGAAGUCUGUCACCACUGCUGGCCCUGGCAUGUGAGUUUACACUUUCUGGGUGAUUAUAAGUGUGGAGGUGCCAUCGUCAACCCAACUUGGGUGCUCACAGCAGCUCACUGUGUAAAGAUAACAAAAAAUCCAUCAUAUUGGACUGUAGUUGCUGGAAACCAUGACAAAGAAGCCACUGAGCAGGUGAGAAGAGUCAACAGCAAUUCAGUGCAUCAAGUCUUUGAUGUUGCAAGUUAUGAUUCUGAUAGUGCCCUUGUCCAGCUGCAAACGCCACUUAUCUAUAGUGCAGCGGUGAGACCAGUAUGCUUGCCAAGUUACAUGGAGCCGUCACCGUCCUUUGUGCUUUGUACUGUGACUGGCUGGGGGGAUUCAGGUCUGCUGGUUUGCCAAAAUGAAAACAAGCCAUUUAUGCUCAAUGGAAUCGCUAGUUGGGGCGUUGGCUGUGCCCAGCCCAAGAAACCAGGUGUUUAUACAAGAGUGAGUGCCUUUUUUGACUGGAUAAUAUCUAUAAUGAAAGAGAAGGGACCAGUGGAGAUGCCAGUCAGUAACACUGGUCUUGAAACCUCAUGCUGUAGUUGCCACUGGGGGAUUGUUGCCCCAUUAAAUGCCAUCAUUCGACUGGACUUCCUGGCCUUUGUAGUUGAGAAUUUCCUUCCCAAAUGUCAUGGUGGACUUAUACUUUAUGAAGGAUUUGGACCCACAAGAGAGAUGCUUGGUAACUUCUGUAACGAAACUCCAAAUUAUCCAUUAAAGUCAUGCACCUCCAUGAUGAUGCUGAACUUCACUUCUGGCACAGAUACAAAUAUGAAAGGUUUUGCUCUUGCCUACAAAACCCAGGAAAUACAGUCCAGUCCUGUACCAGAUAGAGUAAGAGAUACUCAGAAAUAAUGUCCAGUCUUGGAUUUGGUCUUGUCGGUCACAGAAAUAGUUUCUCCAAAUUAUCGACAUCCCAAUUUACUAAGCUGCACUGAGACAAUCUAUUCUGCUUUGGGAAGCAAACUGAAUGUGAUAAGAGAUUUUGUUAUUGAGGAUGCUAAAGACUGCAUUUGGGACUCCCUGAGCUUUUAUGAUGGACCAGAUAGACAUUCACAAUUGCUUGGAACACUGUGUGGCCACAAACAGAACCUUCAGCUGCUUUCAAGCAGCAGCUACCUGACUGUGCGUUUCAGAACAGAUGGCUCAGCUGGGGCCAGGGGCUUCAAGAUCAGUUUCGAAGAGAUGAAUCAAGGACCAGUUCAGAGAAGCAAGAACGGAAUAGAACCCAACAGUCCAUGCGGUACUCAGAUCUCAGUGAAAGCUGUGCAGUUUCAUACUGACUUCAGUGGUUUUCUGCCCAGCAGUGAUAUCAGUAUGUUAGAACUGGAAAUCCCCAUUCAGACAGGAGAUACCGUAGCACUUAUCUGUUUGUCAGAACAGGAGAAGGAAAUGGCCACUGAUGCAAAGUGCUUGGCUACAGAAUGGGACAUAACAGGCUCAGAUGAGGAUACUGUGACAAUUGAUACCGAAGUAACUGGGGCAGCAGUCAAAGCAUGA